CACGCGGAAAACCCGACGGGAAUUCCCCUUAGUAUUUUUGGAAUCCGUCUGCCAUUUGCAGUGUUUCGUUCCUCGUGAGGGACUACGUGAUGAUGGGACCCCUGCCCUGAGAAAUGCCCCAAGCGCAUUCAAAAAGCUCAUGGUACGGCCUGCCUCUUACACUCUCCCUCGUAAUCACCUGUUGCGAAAUGGACAGUCGGUCUCAAGCCAAGGAGUUGUACUCCGAACUCCGCUGUUCCGACAAUGAGGAGGAGAGUAAUUGCAAUACACUGCAGCAGGCGAAACAGUACAUUCAGCAACACUUGUACAACGCGAAGCCAAGCGAGAGAUUCAAGUUUCAGGAGUUCGCCACUAUCAUCACUGAAAGUGCUGCUAUGCCAUACUUCAGUCCGAAUAAGGCGUCAUCGGCGUUUCAGAACUUGGAGAUCUAUCUCAUACUCAUUCUUAACAGUCCAUGGAAGUCUGAGUAUAAAACUGUCAGGAAAUACUCCGGAUUUUUUCAAAGCAAAAUCGAAUCCCAUCUGCAGAAUGCGACUUCAGUUUUCAAGCUUGUUGGAUUUUCGGAAACAAAAGAUGGUGUGUUAACUUUAGUAAGACGAAUAAAUAAGGACUUUAUUUUAGCUGUAGCAUUUGAUUGUUUGGUAGCUGCGGAGGAGUGUUGUAUUAUAAAUGCGGCUCGUCAGAACAGCGAUAAAGGAAUAAGUUAUGCACACAUCGUACGAGUAAGAAAUAACCACCCUUGUGACGUAGGACAGUUAGUCGAUCUCCUUCGGAAAGACUUACCUUACAAUUCUGAUUACAUGGUGAAGGACCGCCGAGGCGAACAGGACAUGCAUACUGAUACACCGAUACCAGGUAACUCGAAAUUUUACAGGAAAGAAAAAACUUUGCACGGUAGUGUUAACAUACCUUACGCAGAUGAUGAUUCUACCGAACGGGCUGACUUGCGCGAAGCAACCUUUGAGGAACACUGCAUGGCCAGUCUUCGCCUCCUGCAGGAAGAUGUUGCCGUGCCUAAGGCCAAACCUGUACAGGUAACUAAAGGAGGAGCAGAUGAAUGGUCGUUCGUCCGGGAGGGUCUUCAAGACAAAUUUGGAGAGGAUUAUUUCAAUGGUCCAAGAGGGGAUGUACUUAAAGGUGAUGAAAUGAUUGACAGAGAGGCAAUUGAGACUGAAAGGAGACAGGUUAUUCAGCCUCCACGGCCCCACGGGCCAAGUUACCGAGACUCUGGGUAUCAGGAUAGCUACACGGCUCCUAUUUACUACCCACCAACUGCAGACACGGGAUACGAGUCUCAGGUGGUGUCAAAAGCAGCAGGCUCAUCUACGUCAUACGCUAAGAUGCCACCUUUUAGUGACGUCACGCCACCCGGACAUUUUACACAACAGCGAGGUCUGUCAAGAGGGAACGAAACAACUUACUUGCAUCCUGUGGCUAACGAGGAUUCUCCCAGUAAACUUAUUGUUUAUCCGGAGCAUCCUAGCGAAAUGGUACACGGAAACAGGACCCAUCCCCAACUCCAAACGAGAGAGCCUAGUCACAUCUUAUCCAGUGGCAGGAAAACCUUCCCAACAUCCCCUCCGCGAACCCCUGAAAAUGCAACGAACACGAGACCGAUUUCUAAAAGCAUGUCUCUAAGAUCCCCAAACGAAACAACAUCUAGACAAUCAAAUAUAAAUCCAAGACCUCUUCCAGUCCCGCCUUCUGGCGUGAUGAAGGAAUUUGUGACGGAGCAAAAUUAUAACACAGCGCCCCCGUACGGUACCAGUCGUUCAGCUCCUGUUGCACGCCGGGACGCGCCGGACGUACUUCCGCCUCGUUUACCUAGACAGUUGAGUUCAGACCGGACGAUUGUCUGGCCCUGUCGCUUUUGUACAUAUGAAAAUUUGAACGAAGUGCAAGUGUGCGCCAGUUGCGGAAAGUCAAGGGCGACAAAUACAAGUAGUGAGUUUGAUAUCACCACAAAGAAAUGUUUAAUGUGUACUUUCAAUAAUCCUCCUGAAGUUACGCAUUGCAAAAUGUGUGAGUCAGACCAGUUAUCAGCUAUACAAUCCGCAGUUUAACAAUUCCUUAAAUGAACUCUGUUGUCCCGUCCUCCUGUGCCACCCUAUAAAAGUGUUGUUGUGAUACAUUCUGUUUACUCAGUAACAUUUCCAUUUGCCAUGAAAUUGUUGAAAAAUUAUGCUUCUUUGAUAAGUAAUUAUAUCUUGGUGUUCUCUGUGUAUCACUAGGCUGAACAUUGAUAUUUGAGUGCUAUAUAGCUGAAAAAUUAAGCAGGAAUGCCUUUGAAUACAUUUCUUGAUUUGGUGCUUCGGUUGCAACGGCUACCCAAUACUUUGUGGUAGUAGCUGUCUUGCUUUAUAAACAGGAAAGAAGGAUAGAGAGGAAUAAAGAGGAAAGACUCACGGAAAAAGUAUGAGUGAUACAAGCUAUGAGGUUUGGCGUAGAUAAAAGAUAGUGUCCAAAACAUUAGCUUUGAUUUCGUUCUUAUUCUACUUAAAUUGUUAGCAUUGAUUUGAAAGAAAUUUCAACAAUAGACAUUUCUGAUACUUAAUUUUUUUUAGGAUGCGGGAAAUGAAACCACAUGAGAACGUGAUCCUCGUCCUGCAAAUUUGAUAUCUUUCGAUCGAAUUUGCGACAUGGGGGUCUUGAAAUUGUGCCAAUAGUUUAAUUGUGAUUUGUGUAAUAUUUCGACCAUACUACCUAUUUUUGGGAUGGGAAAUAAGAAAAAAAUAUAAGAGCAUGGUUAUAAAGUUUUUUUCACCCACCAUCAUUUGAUCAGAUGAUGGGCUUUUCAAAUCGCCCUACGUCCGUCCGUCCGUCCGUAAACAAUUUUUGUUUUCGCUAUUUCUUGAGGAGUGCUGGAUGGAUCUUUCUCAAAUUUCAUAUGGAUGUUCCCCAUAGUCCCUAGUGGUGCCGGUUUGAUUUUGGGACUGAUCAUAAAAAGAUUAUGGCCGAUAGGAUCUUAGAUUUCGCCUAGUAAAGUUUGUUACUCCUAUUUCUUUAGAAGUACUGAAUGAAUCUUUCUCAAAACACAUAUGUAGGUUCCCUUUUGGUCCCUAGUUGUGCCCGUUCGAUUGAUUUUUGGAAUGAUCAGAAAAAUGGCCUUUAGACGACCAUCUUGGAUUUGACAGUUAAAGAUUAUCAUCGUUAUUCCAGCAAAGGAAUGUUCAAAUUUCUUACCGUUAAGAGCAAAAAGAGGACAAGGGAAAAGCUUCAAGUAAAGAUCUCUCUGGAACCUCUUGUUAGUGGUAAUCUAUCAUCUGCGGUUGGUUACAUUGCUUGCUCAAUUGAUGAUUGCGUGGAAUAUUAUCGCAAUUUAAGACAGCAUAAUGUGGGAGUAAAAGUAAUAGAUAUAGUUUUAAAUCUUUAAUAUCAAUGCUGUGGGCGUAUACAACACACGUACAUAUGUACUAUCCCACGGUAUAUGUAUUAGUACGUUAGCUAGGUUAUAUUGUGAAGAUAUAUGUUUGAAAUAUGGCCUCGAUGUUAUACUUGAUGGAAAUGUCUCUUAUCUUCAGGACAGGUUUUGCCCUCACAAGGAACCAUGGUUAAUAAUUGUAAUUUUCACGGCUUCACGUACUCCGGUCUUCUUUUAGCUUUUUGCCCAUCUCUAUAUAGCCUCGAGAUUUUACCAUCAUUAAACGUUUAAGUUGAUCCGUUCUCUUAAUACGGCACAUCGGCAUUGAUUUUUCAGCCUUUUUAAAAAUGCUUUGAUAUUUCUUUGUGACCUUUGCACAACGUAUCUAUCUUAGUAAAUUACAUUGCUAAUCGACAUUGAACAAUAGCUUGCUAGUAAUGUAGGCCUCUUUUUCAGACCUGGAUGUGACGUCAGAGAGUCUGACGCGGAAAACUUGUUGAAAUUCAAAACAGAAAAUCAAUUAUAAAAUGUAGAUCGAAAAGAUGAAGAGAACAAUUCUUUUUAGUUAAGUUACUUCAAUCCUCAUAUCGCUGAAUUUAACGCACUCCAUUCCCAUAUUGUUUUAUUGGAAGUUUCAUAUCAGCAAACGUUAAGUCCACACAAGUCUUUAAUCAGAGACACCCACGUCAUCUCUAUAUAGUGCUAUAGUAAGGCGCAUUGGCAGUUAUGUCCACACAAGUCUUUAAUCAGAGACACCCACGUCAUCUCUAUAUAGUGCUAUAGUAAGGCGCAUUGGCAGUUAUGAAUCCUCUGAUCGUAAUUAUCUGUUUUUGCGAUAGAGACUGAAGUCAAAUUAUUAACUACUUUCUGUAAUUCUUAUUCAUGCUUAUAUUUUAUUAAAUGAAAUAAUAAAUUAUUAAAAGUUCUAAUGA